GCUCUGGUCAAAGAAGGGAUUUAUUGAGGCGCAGCGCCUCCGCAUUCAAUGGUGCUCCGCGUCCCGGCAGCUGCGCGGCUUGACCCCCCCGGUAUCGACCCAGUGACCCGGGUUUUCACCAGCGAUGCGGUCCCGCGAUACCAGCCGGCGUUCAGCGGUCCCCACCUUCUCCGCGUCGCGGAGCUAACUCGCGGGUCCACGGGGCCGUUCAGCCUCGCGGCGGAACCUCUGCGCAGGACUUCCAGGGUCUGAACCUAAACGACGAAAGCGAUAACGAUGGAGAUUCCCGAAGGGGCCGCGGCGGCGGCGACGGCGACCGCGUCGGGCGACGGCGUGCUCGACUUUUCCCGCUUGAGCCUGAGCAGCUUCAGCGCGGACGGCGUCAGCGACGAGCGGAGGAGGGACGCCAGGCAGCUGUACCUGAGCUACAACCGGCUGGCCUCGCUGCCCUCCUCCGUCGGCCUCUUCUGCAACCUCGAAUUCCUGGACGUCAGCAACAACGGGCUGUCGGCCAUCUGCGAGGGCGUCACGCGGCUGACCAGGCUGAAAACGCUGGUGGCCAAGAACAACCGGCUGGACGAGUUCUCGCUGCCCAAGGACUUCGGCUCCCUGCAGCUGGAGGUGUUGAACUUCAGCGGGAACCGCUUCGAGGAGAUCCCGCUGCAGUGCAUGAAGCUGCUGCGCCUGCAGUCGCUGUCGCUCGGGGGGAACCGGCUGAGGAGUAUACCUGCGGAGAUCGAGAAUCUGACCAGUCUGGAGCUGUUGUAUCUGGGUGGAAACCUCAUCACAGCCAUUCCUCCUGAAGUGGCCAACCUGCCCUGGCUCAGCUACCUAGUGCUGUGUGACAACCGCAUCCAAAGUGUCCCCCCGCAGCUCACCAGGCUCCACUCGCUGCGAUCUUUGAGUCUCCACAACAACUUGCUGACUUACCUGCCGAGGGAGAUCCUCUGCCUGGUGCACCUGCAGGAGCUCAGUCUCCGCGGCAACCCGCUGGUGGUGCGCUUCGUUAAGGAGAUGACCUACGACCCCCCGUCGCUGCUAGAGUUUGCGGGACGUACGAUCAAGAGCCGGAAUAUACCCUACUACCCCGGCGACCUGCCCGCAAACCUGCUGAGCUACCUGGACUUUGCCAGCAAGUGCCCCAACCCAAAGUGUGCGGGCGUGGACUUUGAUUCCUGUGUGCGCCAAAUCAAAUUUGUGGACUUCUGCGGGAAGUACCGGCUGCCCCUCAUGCACUACCUGUGCUCCCCAGAGUGCACCUCCCCCUGCAGCUCCAACCCGCAGAGCGACGCCGAGUCGGAGGACGAGAGCAGCGUGCCCGCAUACCGCCUGCAGAGGGUGCUCCUGGGAUAGGACGACCGCACCGGGGGACCCGCUGACCCUCUGCAUCGGCCCCACUGCGUCCCGCACUCGCUCAGACAUUAACUCUCCCGUCGGGCUGAGCACGAAGCCAGCGCGCAGCGGUAGCGCUGCCUCACAGUACUGCAUCUGUGGCCGUUUUGCAGACCAGAGGCCUCGCGGCGCCCUGGAAACCCGUCGACUCGAUUUUAAAGGAACUUUUUUUUUUUUUUAAAGAGGAGAAAUCGUUUGCUCGCUCGCACCACACGUCACUCUAACGUAACAUGAGCAGAGGAGCCCUGUAGCCGCGUGAGUCCGUCGACAGGGUUCUUUUCAUAACACACUCGGUGCUUUUUGCUUUUCUGAAGCUUGGAUACAAACACUUUAUCUUCUGUCUGGCUUCUGGUGACCGGUAGCUUCUUUUUAAAAAUGUUUCUCACUUGGUGAGCACCAAAGCUGCUGUGCCAACUAAAAGACGAGUCUGGGAUUUCUAAAAUGAUAUCAGCUGGAACAUUUAGUUUAAGACCACAGUGUUCUAGGUUGAUUGAGUGUUGUGUGAGACGGCCUCAUUUACUCUGCGGUCGGUCCUUCUGGGCAGUGCUCUCGCACAAUAUUAAAAGAUCCAGGUUUAUCUGUUUCACCACGGUGGCCUAGUCGCCGUUAAUGAAUCUAGAAUAUGGCUUACGUGAGCUUGUCCCUGCCUGCUGACAGGAAGUGGAUGUGGGCUGGACCAGGGAAAACCGCUCGCCGUGUUCACACAGAAACAAUGGCUAUUCAGCAAAACAAUGACACACAUGUAUACGUUCAUGGCUGUUGGUUCUCUCUGCGAUAUAGAUGUGUGUGAAUGGAGACUAUAGAGGUGUGUGUGUGUGUGUGUGUGUGUGUGUGUGUGUGUGUGUGUGUGUGUGUGUGUGU